CAUCCAUCCCCAGUCAUUGUCAAAUGCUUGCACUGCUGUACGCACUGCAAUCGAUUCUUCCAGCACCAGGAGGCACUAGUACUACACCACCCUCAGCAGAUAUAGAACAGGGCAGCUUAGUCAAUAUGGACGUUGCCGAGACGAAUUCGACGCAUUUAACAGCAGCACAAAAGUAUGAACUCAUUACACGCAACCUGCCUGAAGUAUUGGGUGGGCCAGAAAUAAAGAAAGUACUAGAUACACGCGAUUUGUCCUUGUAUUGGGGUACUGCUUCCACUGGAAAGCCUCAUAUUGGUUAUUUCGUACCAAUGACUAAAAUCGCAGACUUUUUGCAGGCUGGGUGUCAUGUGACGGUACUAGUCGCUGACUUGCACGCAUACUUGGACAACAUGAAGGCUCCAUGGGAACUCUUACGUCUUCGAGUCCAAUACUAUACCGAAAUCAUAAAAGCAAUGCUCAUGUCCAUGGGCGUCCCCAUCGACAAGCUCCGCUUCGUAACAGGAACUUCCUACCAGCUAUCCAGAGAAUACACCCUUGACGUCUAUCGACUAGCUGCCAUCAUGACGGAACACGAUGCCAAGAAAGCAGGUGCUGAGGUCGUCAAACAGGUCGAGUCUCCUCUCUUGUCUGGUCUGUUGUAUCCGGGCUUGCAGGCUCUAGAUGAAGAAUACCUAAAAGUAGAUGCUCAAUUCGGUGGUGUGGACCAGCGCAAGAUAUUUGUGCUUGCAGAACAAUACUUGCCUAAACUAGGGUACAAGAAACGGGCACACUUGAUGAAUACAAUGGUUGGUGGUCUAUCGGGCUCUAAAAUGUCGUCUUCAGAACCGGAUUCAAAAGUUGACUUGCUCGAUGAUGCUGAUACCGUCAUUCGAAAACUGGGUAAAGCCUUUUGUGAAGAAGGUAAUAUAACAGAAAACCCAAUAUUGCAGUUUAUAAAAGUAGUGCUCUUCCCCGUCGCCUCUUUGAAAUCGCCAAAUCCUGUAUUCUCGGUCAAACGACCUGAAAAGUUUGGUGGUGAUGUGGACUUCCAUUCUUAUGAAGAAUUGGAGGUCGCAUUCAAGGAUAAGAAAUUGCAUCCUGGUGAUUUGAAGAAGGCAUCGGCUAUGGCUUUUAACGAAUUGCUGGAACCGAUUCGUAAUAUAUUUAAAAGUCCUGAGCUUGUCAAGUUGACUGCAGAAGCCUAUCCUGCUCCCAAACCAAAGGUUGCUGAUGAUGUCUCCAAACUAGGCAAGUUGUGGUAUCUGGUGGUUGGUAAAAUAGUCUCCAUCAAACCACAUCCAGAAGCCGACACCCUCUACAUUGAACAAAUCGACCUGGGCGAAGAAAAACCGCGCACUAUAGUAUCAGGUCUGGCCAAAUACAUCCCCAUAGAAGACCUACAAAACCGUCUCGUAGUCGUCGCAGCAAACCUCAAACCAGCCAAACUCCGCGGUGUCUUGUCUGAAGGUAUGGUCCUGGCUGCAUCAAACGCAGACAAGACUAUCGUCGAACUAGUAGACCCACCUGCGGGAACACCUGUUGGUGAACGUAUUGUAUUUGAUGGGUUUGAACAUGCCCCUGAAGCAGAGAUUAAACCGAAACUAAAGAUUUGGGAAAAGGUGUCGUUGCAUUUCAAGACUAGUGAGGAUGGAGUUUGUGUUUAUAAGGAUGGGGUUGUGUUUGGCACGUCGCUGGGUCCGUGUAGUGUUGUGUCUUUGAAGGGGGCUGCGAUAUCAUAA